AAGUCGCGCUUGAUUUGACGCGACGUUCCCAGUCGCAACUCCCUCCUAAGUCGAGACGUACAAUAGUGAAUUGAGCAACACCUCUUCUAGUUUUUCUAAACUUUGCCCAGUAUGGACAUCGAUGACAUCCUGCGUGAGGUCGAUCCGACCUUUGAUUCCAUCCCAGUCGAGACCCGCGACCUUCAGGCUUUGACACGCGCCUGGAUAGCUGAAAGAUCAGCCCCCGAGCUCCUCGACUGGCCAGCAGACGGUCUCUUCGAGCGCAUUAACGACCGCAUCAAGAAGCAAAUCGAAAAAGUCGAAGAAAUGACGGGCGACAUGGACCCCAAGACCAACUUUGCCCUCAUCGUGAUCCAGACGGAGCUGGAGCGCUUCAAGUUCCUCGUGCGCAGCUACCUGCGCGCCCGCGUCGCCAAGAUCGACAAGCACACCUUGCACUACCUGUCCACGGCCGAUCUCCGGCUGCGUCUCUCUUCCACGGAGCUUGCGUAUGCCACAAGACACCAGGCCCUGCUCCAUCACCAUUACUUGUCUUCGUUCCUGUCGUCGUUUCCGGCCAGCUUGCAGAACUUGAAUGAUACUUCGGGGAAUAUUAGCAUGAUUGACACGCCCGAUGUGGAUACGGCCGUUUUUAUACGGUUGUUGAGGGAUGUGGUUGUCAGGGGGAAAGGGACGGAUGUGGAUGGGGCGGCAGCCGGGCAGCAUGGGGAUAUCUUUAUUUUGCGGUGGUCUGAUGCGAAGGGUUUGGUCGAGUCUGGGAGUGCUGAGCUGGUCUGAUUUUAUGAAUGAGCUCACUGUGUUGGGUCGUUCUCCCACAAUUAGCUUAGAGGAAGCAACGACACACAUUGGGGGCAGGUACCAUUGGCUGCCGCCACGCUAGAACACCUCACAGCUCAAUGCUGCAGAAAGGUUUGACCUUCAUGCGGC